UUUACUUCAUUUAAUUAUUGUAUUGCAGAUUUGUAAACACGGUGGAAUUAGCAUUUGCGGAUGGUGUUUUAGUACAAUUCGCAGCAACAGUUAUGGUAAUAUGUACCACUUUGUUCCAAAUGAUUGUGAUUUCAACUCACAUGGGUGCACAAUUUAUACUUCUUUGUUGCUACUUCAUGACUAUGAUGUGCCAAAUAGCUAUGUAUUGUUAUUUUGGACAUAAUAUAAUGACCAGUAGUUCUGAAAUAACAACUGCUUGUUAUAUGAGCAAUUGGUUAAAUUUUAGUGUCAAAGUUCGCAAAAUGUUGAUAUUGAUAAUGGAAAGAGCAAAAAGACCUUUGAUUAUAACAGCUGGAAGAUAUUUUAUUUUAAAUUUAGCAACAUUAAUGGCAAUAUUGAAAGCGUCCUAUUCUUGUUUAGCUCUGUUACAAAGGACGUACAAAAACUGAUAUGUGGUCUAAUUUAAGAAUUCCAUGCAUAGAUUUGAG